AUGACUGAAGACCAUAAAGGAGGCCCAUCACAUGACCAGACCAAUGAUGCAAUUAGAUGGCCCCUACACUCAACAGAAGAUACAGAACCUUUAACAGAAGAUACAGAACCCACAACAGAAGAUACAGAACCCUCAACAGAAGAUACAGAAGAUACAGAACUCUCAACAGAAGAUACAGAAGAUACAGAACCCUCAACAGAAGAUACAGAACCCACAACAGAAGAUACAGAACCCUCAACAGAAGAUACAGAACCCUCAACAGAAGAUACAGAACCCUCAACAGAAGAUACAGAAGAUACAGAACCCUCAACAGAAGAUACAGAAGAUACAGAACCCUCAACAGAAGAUACAGAAGAUACAGAACCCUCAACAGAAGAUACAGAACCCACAACAGAAGAUACAGAACCCACAACAGAAGAUACAGAAGAUACAGAACCCUCAACAGAAGAUACAGAAGAUACAGAACCCUCAACAGAAGAUACAGAACCCACAACAGAAGAUACAGAACCCACAACAGAAGAUACAGAAGAUACAGAACCCUCAACAGAAGAUACAGAAGAUACAGAACCCUCAACAGAAGAUACAGAACCCACAACAGAAGAUACAGAACCCUCAACAGAAGAUACAGAAGAUACAGAACCCUCAACAGAAGAUACAGAACCCACAACAGAAGAUACAGAACCCACAACAGAAGAUACAGAACCCACAACAGAAGAUACAGAACCCUCAACAGAAGAUACAGAACCCACAACAGAAGAUACAGAACCCUCAACAGAAGAUACAGAACCUUUAACAGAAGAUACAGAACCCACAACAGAAGAUACAGAACCUUUAACAGAAGAUACAGAACCCACAACAGAAGAUACUGAACCCACAACAGAAGAUACAGAACCCACAACAGAAGAUACAGAACCCACAACAGAAGAUACAGAACCUUUAACAGAAGAUACAGAACCCUCAACAGAAGAUACAGAACCUUUAACAGAAGAUACAGAACCCACAACAGAAGAUACAGAACCCUCAACAGAAGAUACAGAAGAUACAGAACUCUCAACAGAAGAUACAGAAGAUACAGAACCCUCAACAGAAGAUACAGAACCCACAACAGAAGAUACAGAACCCACAACAGAAGAUACAGAACCCUCAACAGAAGAUACAGAACCCACAACAGAAGAUACAGAACCCUCAACAGAAGAUACAGAAGAUACAGAACCCACAACAGAAGAUACAGAACCCUCAACAGAAGAUACAGAACCCUCAACAGAAGAUACUGAACCCUCAACAGAAGAUACAGAACCCUCAACAGAAGAUACAGAACCCUCAACAGAAGAUAAAGAUCUGAUAGCUAUAGACAAUUAUAAUGUUAACCCUCUACCAACAAUUAUUGUCUUGUCAAAAUAA